UGCAAGAAGUUACUGUCCGGCAUCGUUGGAUACAGUUAGUGUCGUUUCAGCAUGUCCGAUGAACGAAAUUGAAUUUCAAUUGAGAAUAGACGUAAAAGCAUGUCACCGUAAAAAACAUGACUGUGAAAAGAAGCUGGUGUACCACUGCCUCCUUAGCACAAAUCUUACACAUUUUGUAGAGGACUGUGCGCCUGACAAACUAAUUUCAGAAUUCUGUGCAGAAUUUAAUGUGAAGGGUGCUGUAGUACAAAGGCAAAGAAGCGCUAGUUGCAGGAAUUUAUCAAAACCUUGCCUAAAGCCGUAUCAUUCAUCUAAUAUGUCUCUUGAGUUUCCUGAUUGCUACACGUAUCAAAGGGAAGCUGAAGGGGAAAUAUAUGCAACAGGAAUUCCUUCUAUUGAUUCUUCGGUGGAAAAGAAUACAAUUGAAAAUUCAUUAUCAACAGCAGUUAGCUUAGAUCCAAUAUAUCAGGAUAUUGAAGAAGGCAAUCAUCAUUUUUCGAAGUUUUUAACAAUUAUGGGUAGCGUUUAUAUAACAGUGGUUAUAAUGGCAAUAACUGGUAUCGAAGUUCGUAACAGAUAUCCAAAUGCAUUUGAUGAUACGUACUUUUAAAGCUACAUAAUUGCUGUAAUACGCAGUAAAUGGUCGACAUGGUCUUUUUAUCCAACUUGAGAGACUUCGAGUGUUGCGUUUUCUUCCGUAAUAUUUCGACAGAAAAAGCAUGCUUAAAAUAUACAAUUAAUUCUGUACAUAUGUAUCAAUGCCAGGUUUAUUGCAAAUUUGAUCAUUCUUAGCAUUUGUUUUAGGUCAUCUGUAUUAUAUUGUUCCUUCUUGAUUAAUUGUAUACAAACAUGCACACGUGACGUAUUUAUGGCAUAGUCAAACAUUCAUUCCAAGUUGAUUUUCACAUAUAUUUAUUAUUUUGUUUCUUACUAAGAAAUUUCAUUUAACAUAUUUUUCUUUGAUUGUUGUCUUUUUUUCAUUUUUUUCUCUUCCCCCCCCCCUUUGCUUUGCUCAUUUUAUCUUUUUGUUUAGUUACCUUGAGUUAAAUAUACAAUACAAUGUUUGAUUUACAUAUAUAUGCAUUAAACAACCAUGGUCUUUCAUUUUUAUUUUUAGCAUAUUCAUUCCGUUAAUAUAUGCAUAUUGGUUGAUGUUUUAAAGUCUCUGAAGGUUUAUUUUUUACUGAGUGACGCAUAUAUGUAAUAUUGUCAUCUGAUAAUUUUAGUUUAUUUGUAUAAUUACGAGGGCUGUUCGAAAAGUGAAGUUUAUGCUUACAAAAUUUUGAAAGAACAUAAAACAACAAAAAUUAGAAAAAUGUUGAAAAUUUUCGCUUGAUACAUGUACUAUAAUUAUUAUACGAAUUAUCAUUUAAUAAAAAGACAUUAUUUGUUCACCCGGCAGAGUCGCCAUUUAGUUACAUGAGACAUUGUUUCUCAAAGUCCACAUUAUCUGCCUCAUACACUUAUCUUGAUGAGACUCCUAGAAUUUACGUAAAGAUUCAUACUCGCUUUGUUUGUAUAAUUUUUAAGUGUCAUGAACAGCUGAUUUCAAUGCAUAUGAUAUUGUAAUUAGAUGUAUACAUUGUGAAAGAUUCUAAUUUAUUUAUAACAGCAUAUUUGCUUGCCUAUGUUCCACAUCUAACAAACAUGAUCAACGUCACUUUUCUACGUGACAAACCUUGAACACCCUUACUACAAAACGACAUUAUUUUUUUUACAUUUCUCGUCUCUCUAAUCUUUUUCAAAAUUAAAAUUCAAGUUCUUUGAAUGCAUUUAAUUUUACAAGGGCCGACUUGAAUAUUUCGUAGGUCUAUGCCAAUUUUUCUAAGGGUUGACAUUUCAUAGAAUGAACCCCAUCUACCCUUUCUGACGUCAUUACAACUCAUAAAUUGUUUGCACAUUUCAUAUAAAAUUUACUAAGAAAUUCCAUAGAUCUUAUACAAAAUGAGGCAAACAUUGCAAAUUUUACUGUAUAAUAUUGUAAUAACGCAUGAGUGAAUUAACAGCAUUUUUGAAUGACGUAUGCUCUUUGUUUCUCAGUUACAAUUAGGUAGAAAAAACGUUAUCUUCGUGGUUGCGCCGCCUGGGCAUACCAUUGCUUUAAAAACAUCAACAAUUUAUUAUAAAAAGAAAGUAAUGAUGUAAAGUUCAUUAUAUAAAUUAAAAAGAUGAUGCUAAUUAAACGUUUAAUAUUUCAUUAUUGUAUCUUAAACAGUUUUGAUUUUAUGCCGCUAGUCCAAGAACUUUUCGAACAACCCUCGAAAUUAUCUGUUGAUAAGGUAAUGCUAGUUCAAAUGAAAAUCAAAAUAUUUACAUUCAGAGUAAUUUUCUUUAUGUUAUCCAUUAGAAAUAUACGACGUUCAAAUCUCUAUAACACACGUGAAACCGUGUCACCGAGCGUUGGAAUACAUAAUAGGAACUAUAUAUUUUUUCAAUACUCUAGGAAUACCAAAUUGCACAAUGUUUUAACUCGAUUUAAUAAAGAAUUAUAAUCUAUAGCUCUGUUAAAUUGGUGUUCUACAAAAUUUCCUUUUUAAAAUUAUUUUUCACUUUUUUCCACGCAAUGUUCGUUAGCGUUAUAUAACGUUAGAACGUCUCAAACGGAUAACGUAUUUUAAACACAACAGUUUUGAAGGACACUAAAUUCACACUAAAAAUAAGCGAAAUAGAAAAAUUAGAAAAAGCAAAAAUUAGAGAAAGUAAAUAUAAGCAUUGAAUUCAUAAUCUUGGAUGUCUUCGGUCCUAUAACAUACCUGGCCGUGCCGACAAAUUAUCAUACCGUUAGAAAGCGCGUGAGCGCGGUAUUAUAAUUUGUCGGUACGACAAGGUGUGUUAUAGGACCGAAGACAUCCCAAAAUAUGAAUUCAAUGCUUAAAUAUAGAUUAUCUCCUGGUUUAAAGGUUUUACGAAUCAAGUACUAUAGAUUUAUCAACCAUUACAAAAAAGAAUGUUUUUGCGAAAAACAGUUAAUUAAAUGUAGACAGUUGUUGUGUACAUAUAAUCGAUGUUUGUUUGUAUUUUGUUAUUUUUUCGUUAUUAAAAUUCCAUUAUUUAUUUAGAACACUUACGCAGGCAUUAUGGGGGUUACUUACCAUUUGAAACAAUUUGGUCUGUAAGGUUUUGAAAUGGGUUAUAUUGUUUUACUUUUGUGAUUUACUGUUUGAAUUUCAAGUAAAAUUGA